UGGCGACUCCCCGAAAACCAAAUUAUUUUAGCCAUCGAACAAACCUCCGCGCUCUCUCUCUCUCUCAAUCCUUCGCUCCUGCGUGCUUUUGGGCUGCUGCUGCUUCUGCUCGCUGCGGCCGGGAGGAGAGGGAAACCGCUUCCGCUCGCUCCAGAAUCUAGCAGCCUCCACUAUGUUUGACGACGACGAUGACGUGGAGCCACCGGUUAACGAUGUGGACAUCUACUAUUUUGAGGAAAGCGAGGACAAGCCAGUCUGCUUCAGUGUCUUGCCCAUAAAGUUUGAUGAGAACGAAGAAGUCUCAUGUUCUGAUUACAAGGAACUGAACUUGCGUGGAUUUACAGAUAAUAACCGUCAUGUGUUCAAGAAGGUGAUAGCUUGGAGGGUAGAUCUUGAUUGUCAGAGGCCAAAGAUCUCAGUGCUUUCGAGUGACGGGAAAUGGAUAGAACUGUUGAAACCACGGAUGUGCUAUUAUGAAAAAAAAGUUCGAUCAAUAUUGAUCACAGUGCAAAUGCUCCACUUUGUCAGGAAGUGUCCCAAGAAACAACAGAGAAGCCUUUUUGAUCACCUCGGUGAAGUUUUCAAUAAAUUUGGUCCUGUACCUAAUGGGGAUGACAUAAAGAAGCACCAUCAUCUAAUCAAGCUUUUCAUGGAGAGGGAUCCAAUUUUAGUGAAGUCGAAGAUUAUACGAUGCUUUAUUGAGGAUGCUUCCAGGAAGGCCAUUGAGCCCAUACCAAGGAGAGCGUGUACAGAAGAUCGAUUUAUUGUCAGUGAUGAGUCACUUGAAAGCAGUGAUGACUGCAGCUACAGCAAUAGCGACAGCAGUGAUGAUAAUAAUGAUGAUAGUACUGAUGAAGAUACUGAUACUGAUGGUAAUGCAACUGAUGAUGAUACAGAUAUGAUAUGUGCCAUAUGUGAUGAUGGUGGAAAGUUGCUUAGCUGUGAAGGUCCAUGCAAGAGGUCCUUCCAUGCCAGGGUGAAGCAUGGCAGGAAAUCCAAAUGCAGAACUCUCCGUUUCACUUCUGUGGAGCUAAAGCUAAAGGAAAGUGGAACUUUCUUGUGUGAGAAUUGUGAACAUAAUGAACAUCAAUGUUUCAAAUGCGGAGAGCUUGAGCCAUCUUAUGGUCCAAAUGCUAAGGUGUUUCAAUGUAAUAAAGAAUCUUGUGGGCACUUCUACCACCCCAAGUGCAUCGCAGUGCUACUUGAGCCUGAAGACACUGAUGGUGCUUGUAAAUUGGAGGAAAUGAUCGCAGAUGGUAUGUCAUUUACAUGCCCUGUCCAUUGGUGCUUUAAAUGUGCAAAGAUGGAGGACAGGACACGAAGUGAAUUCCAGUUUGCAGUCUGCAGACGCUGUCCAAGAUCAUAUCACACAGAAUGUUUACCAAGCGAAAUUUCCUUUGAAACAAAGGACAAAGGUGCCCCAAAACUUGCUUGGAAAAUUAAAAAAAGGAGUUACUUCUACUGUUUACACCAUGGAAUAGAUGCUACUACUGGAACACCUAGUGGGGAGCAUAUAAAGUUCCCUUCUAUUCCAAAAAUCAAGAAAACGAAAAAUCUUUCUAAGAAGGAUGCUAAAGUGACUGGCAAAAGGAAAAAGAGCGGUAAUAAAUUUUCAACAAAAUCCACUAAGUUGGCAAAUGUGUCACCUAGAGGAGAAAGCAAGCAAACCAGAAGAGUAGCAAGGAAUAGCUCAUCUGAGCAUAUUGCACUAGAACAUGGGUGUGCAGUAAAGCGCUUAAAAAAGGAUCUGCAGUUUGAAGUACCUCUGGUUGAUGUUUCUGCUAGAUUAAGUGGUGCAAAAACCGUGGAAGGGAAGGAAGGGCAACCUGGAACUCCGUCUUCAUUUGUUAUGGGGGAAAUAUCAAAGAGUGCAUCUUGUGCGGUGGAUGGUGAAACAGAAAAGAGGGUAACAAGUACAGCAGAAAAGGAAAUAUCUGCAGGGACAUCCCAAGAUAUGGCUACAAAGGAUGUACUGAGGCAGCCCAGGAUUGAGAUAGAUGGUUUGUCAGAGUGUUUGGUUCAGAUUGCUGAUAAACUUCAUUGGUAUGUGCAGCCUGGCAACACGAUAGUUGAUCUCUGCUUCAACAUGGAUAAUUUUAGUCGACUGAUGAAAGAAAAGCUUGAAGAUGUGUCUAAAGGGUGCAAUUUCAAGAAUUAUGAUCUCUUCCAACAUAAGAACAAUCUGUGUUUUGAUGAGAGCAACUGGGUGACCAUGCAACCAAAGGAUUUACCUCAUGGAUUAAAUCUAGUUAUGGUCCUGGACCUUCCUCUUGAUAUCCAAGCCGUUUCAGCGAACAAAUUUGUUGACAAAGUAUUAACCUUUAAGCCAAGGCUUAUUAUAAUAGUUUCCCCCACAGAUAUUGAAAGAUUGGAUUGCAAGGAGGAGCCCUAUCAUUUGAUAUGGGAAUAUAAUCAGCACAUCUUUGGGAAGCCAUUGUAUCAACCUGGUGAUGUGGAUGUGAAUGACGACGCAAAGAAUGGUUUGCAUGUAAUUCCUCUCUGUGUUUCCUUGUGGAGUUUCCCUGACAAGACAGAGGAGAAUAUGAGGAUAGCUGGAAAACAUGGCCAUUUAAAUGUUGGGCACAAGGCACAUAGUGUCAUGUUGAAGGAUUCUUCUGUGGACAAAGGUGCUAAGGGGGAUAACGAGAUCUUCACAGUUGGAAAAGAAGACACUAGCGAGAGAGAACAAACAUCUGAGCACUGUUCAGGAGAACGAUUGAUAAUUCCCAAUGUAGUUACUUUUCAUGCAAAUCAAGAGCAGAAUGAUGAGCUACAAAGCUUGUAUAAGGAGAAACAUGCUAAUGGAAGUGGAGGCGGAAAUAACUUGACAUCAGGAAAAGAGAGUGAUGUGCAUCGGGGAGAGAAUGCAUGUGGGCAUAACUCUGCAGCACGUCAAAAGACAGAGAUCUCGAAGAGAGAAAACAGAAUGACGGAUAGUACACAUGAAGAGAACAUGAGAUCAGGAAAAGAGAAGAUUCCCAGGGAUGGCAGCAACAAGGGGACAGUGAAGCCAGAUCUUGUUGAUGGACUACCUCCAGAUAAGCAUGUAGAUGUUGCAUUUGUGCACAAGACAACUACCAACAGAGUAGAUACUCAGCAAGAAUGUGGAUACAAUGUGGCUGUAGAUGUUGAUGACAAUUAUGCUCUUCAACAUGAGCCAAAGAGUCCUCACGGCAAUGAUAAUCUCAGAGGAACUGAAAUGGAUACUUCAGGUGACAAUUCAAGAAAAACCAGGGAACAAAAGGAGGUGACUGAUGGUAAGAGAUUGGACUUGGAUAGGAAAAGAGAAGCCGUUCGCAUGAAAAACGCGCGAGAUGGUCAUCAUGAAGAUGAUAGAACUGCUCAUCCUCAAUGUGUUGACGUCAAAAGUCCUUCGCAUAAUGAUGAUCAAAGAGCACGAGGGGCUUCAGUAUGCAAGUCCAGAAAGAGGGGGACAUCAAAUAGAAUACUAGAGUCAAGGGAUACCGUGAGCGAAAAUUCAGCUAGACGCCAGGUACCAGUGGAAAGAAGAAAUGGUCAUGCUCCAUAUUCAAGAAGGCCUGAUUAUAGUGCUACUGCAAGGCGUGGGUCCCCUUCUUAUCCAAGAAGACGUAGAAGAUCAAGGCAUUUCAGCUCUGAAAGAGACUGGAGCACAGUUCCUCCUCGUGGUAAUUCACCCGAUACCGAGUACGAUGGUACUAGAUACAAUACCGAGUAUGAUGGAUAUGGAUCCCAGUCAGGGUGCGGCUACCAUGGAAUGGACACUCUUCCUGUUGAUAGAUAUUAUCCUCAGGAGCACCACAAUGGUGCAUAUCGACCUCAGACAAAUUUUGGUGAGGAGGAACAGGCGGCGGCUUAUGGUAGGCGUAGGAAUGAUCAUGGAUGGGGACCAGAUUACCGCCGUCGAGACAGUUUCGACUGGGAACACAGGAGUUCAGCUAGAGGGACAGUUACAGAUAGGUAUGUCCCUGACCUUGAACAGACUAACCAUCAGAUACCAGGUCAGGCUAGCCUACAAGAUGGCUACUUCAUGCGUAGAAGCAGGUCUUUUGUGAAUAUGCAUGUGCCCUACUAGUAGAAGGUUGUUGGCCCUCUUGACCCCUUUAAUCUCUUGUAGUCAGCCAACGGAAAGCCUGAAGGAACCAAAGUUGAACCCUAGUCCGGGUAGUUAACUGAUGUAUGUUAAUGCAUAGCGAUCAAGAGCAUCUCAGUGACUGAACUGCAGUCCCAUUUUGUACAUUCUUAACUACCAAUUUAGCCCUACUUUUCAUACUUUACUUAUUUGAACUUGCUUUUCAAAAUUGUCUGGUCCUAUUCCGUUAAGGCGAGUUAACAGCCUUAAGUAAGGGGUAAAUAGUACCUUUUGCCCUACUUG